AUGUUCAAUACGUCUCAUUCCACUGGAUCUUUGCUAGCAACACCAUCCUCGGCGGCAGCAGCCCCUCCAUCAUCUUCGACCAGCGAGUCACAGGCAACCUCUACCACUGCUCCUGCACCAUUUGUUUUCGGAACAAUGUCAUCUACAAAUGGCACGAAACCAUUUAAUCUCUUUGAAAGCAAAAAAGAAGAAAGUUCCACGAAGGCGCCAUUAUUUGGAAGCGGACUGACCUUCGGAAACGGACCUACCACCUCCGAACAGGUUUCGUCCUCCACUGGUAUUCUCGGUGCUCAAUCUAAUGCCGACACUACAGGAAAAUCCUUGCUUGGGUCCUCGUCAGGAACAAGUCUUUUCGGCGCAGGCGGGACCACGAAGCCAUUGUUUCCCACGUUUGGGAGCUCUGCAGACAAACCAUUUAUGGGUACCGUUAAUAGUUCUGCUGAAAGCUUCAAGCCAUCUCCAUUUGGAGCAAAUCUAUCCGGCGAAGCUCAGAAGCCACCUCUUUUCGGUGCUUCGGCAACCAAUUCUGUAAACAAACCACUCUUUGGUACGAAUACUGCGGCUACCGCUCCUACCGCGAAUGGUGGACUAACUUUCAGUUUUGGAUCGAACAGACCCUUCCAAUUUGGUGCCACCAUACCCGAACCAACAUUUCAAUUUGGGCAAUCGACAGCUUUCAGUGGCUCGACUCCAUUUCAGUUCGGCUCUUCUCAACCAACUGCUCCGGCAGCCCCAAAUCAAGUGGCACCCGCAAAAUGGUGGCUGCUCGGCGCCGUCUGCCGCAGCGGAAAUGAUGCAGUUCGCAUCCUUGUUAGUUGUUGA